CCCAAUUUUGUAUCAAUUAGUCAAUCAUAAAAUGAUUACACGAAGAAUUUUGAGGGGAAUACGAGGCAUCCGACGACGAGAAAACUAAUACAGGCAAGGCUUUCCCUAGAAUUUCGUAAACCUCGAAAUUACGUUACCUCACAAAAUGUUUUUUUUUUCUUUUUUUCUUGCUUUCUUUUUGGUUUUAUGGGAAAUUCCUUGGAUAAUGUCACGGGCGCUCCUCCUACAAACCAUCCAUCUAUUUAUAUUAAUUAAAAUAUGUCAUUAAAAGUACACACGUGGCGUGCAGAUAUACGUUGGUGAUGGAGGGUUUUGAAGGAGCAUGGGAGGAUCAGGAGGUACGCGAUGUUCUUUUUUUUUUUUUGUUGUGAGAGAUUGAAAAUGGGUAAAAAUAAAAAAAUCUUAAUUAUAGGGAUUGGUCAGAAAAAGUGGUAAGCGGGUUUUCCGGUGCAAUGACGAAUAAGCAAAAGCUGAUGUAGUGACACGUGGAGGAAUGAUGACCGUUGGGUGGUGAAACGACGAUGGUGGAUCGAUGAGGUUCAUUGAAACUGGAAGAAGACUCCGAGAGAAGAAUUGGCGAGUGACACAUCUUUUUUUGUUGGCUCCCCUCACUCAUCAGUCGAUCUUUCAGUCGCUCACAGUCAGUUUCUCUCUCACUCAUACACAGAAAACUUGCAUAUGAGAGAGAGAGAGAGAGAGAGAGAGAGAGAGAGAGAGAGAGAGAGAGUUGUCAAAGUUGGCGCAGUAGUUGUCAUAAAUGAGGAGGGCAGGACGGAAGGGAGGGAGAGGGGUUAAGUUAAGUGAGAAGCAGUAAGAGCAGAGUGGGUGCAGUUUCCAUGGCGGCGUUGCAGGGCUCUAAUUCCGUGCCAUUAUUAUUGCUUCGAACUACCACAGAGAAGUAGAAUUCAAUUCAAAAACCCCUCCAGUUGCUCACUCUACCCAACCCAACCCUUCCCCUAGUUCUUUUUUCUAAUAUUCUUACCCUAAAAUAUUCCCAACAAUUGCCCCUCAAAAAGCUGCCAACACCCCGUAACAAGAUCACACAUAGAUUCACACACACUCACAGAGUCACAGAGCUAGAGAAUGAGGUCAAAACACAAAGCUGGCUCAAACCCUGCUUAAUUAAUAUCCCUACAGUACCAACCAAAGCUCCUCAAGAUUUUGAUGAUAUGGAUUUGUACCCAAAAUUGAGGUCAUCAGAGAAAUGGCUGGCUUGUUUUGCUUAGGCGGAAGAGAUCAAGCUCCAACAAGCAGCAGCAAACAAGAGGGCCGAGGAGGAGGAGGAGGAGAUCAAGAAAGAGUGGAAGGAGGAGGAGGAAACCUGUAUUUGUACAGAUCAUCAAACGAGGGACAGGCCGAGAUCUACAACAAGGGCUUCGAGAUAUGGCCUUCCCAGUAUCAUCACCCACACCAGAAUUUGAACUACUACUCGUUUGGAGUGGAUCCUAGUUACAACCGAAGACACUUACACAACGACGACCACGACCACAACCACAACGACGUCGUCUCUGCGGAUGAUCUGUCUUCAGGAUUGAGACUCGCGGUGAUGAGGCAAGGUGGUGGGGGAGGGUUAGGAGGGUCGAGCAGCAGCGGCAUGAAUUGCCAAGACUGCGGGAACCAAGCCAAGAAAGACUGCCCUCACAUGAGGUGCAGAACUUGCUGCAAGAGCCGAGGGUUUCAGUGCCAAACCCACGUCAAGAGCACUUGGGUUCCUGCCGCCAAACGCCGAGAGAGGCAAGAACAAUUCUCUGGUCUGCAACAAAAUCAACAACAACAAGAACAGCAGCAACAGCAGCUACAGUUUCGAGGAGACAAUCCCAAAAGGCAGAGAGAGAGUCAAGGGGGGGCGGGCUCUCUUGCCUGCGUUCGUUUGCCAUCCAACACGUCAGGGUUGGAACUGGCACAAUUUCCAUCAGAAGUGAGUUCACCAGCGGUGUUCCGUUGUGUAAGAGUAAGUGCAAUGGACGAUGCAGAUGACCAGUACGCCUAUCAAACGGCUGUCAACAUCGGAGGCCAUGUAUUCAAGGGACUUCUCUACGAUCAAGGCCCCGAUGGUCAAUAUUACCCAAGUUCUAGUACUGGAGGAGGAGGAGAAAGCUCCUCAGGCGGCCGUCAUGAUCAUCAAGAAGGCGGAGGAGCCCAUCCACAUCAUCAGCAACAUAAUCUGGUUACAGUCGCAGCCACUGCCGGCACCACCAGCCACGGCGGAAACCCAUCUACCACGUUGCUAGACCCGUCACUCUUCCCAACUCCACUCAAUGCUUUCAUGGCUGGUACGCAAAUCUUCCCACCCCCAAGGUCUUAGAAAUUUUUUUAAAAAAAGGCCCCCCCCAGUCUAGCAGCUGAUAUUAAUUGUUCGUAAUUGUUGCGGUUUCAAGUUUCGUUUAAUUUAACAUCAUGCACUCAAGUAGAAGAAGAAGAAGGCCUAGGAAGUGGAGGAGGAGAGGAUGAUUAUGAUUGAUGAGGACGAUCGAUAUAUCUUGUGGUUGUGGGGAUGUUUGGUUUUGUUCGAAUUUCAAUUCUGAUUUUCGUUGUUUAUUACUUUGAUGAUAACUGUUAUCGAUGAUGAUGACCCCAUUAAUGAUUAAUCUAAAUUAGAAUUGAAUUAAACCAUUAA